UCUAGUGUAAACUUCACGGAAACACACAGUUUAGCUUCUGAUUUAUUGUGUGGUUUUUUUCAGCACAGGAGUCUGGUGGAAACCUAAAUAAGGGUUCAAGUUUAAUUUUUAGGUUGUACUGCACGUCGCCAUCUCUGUUAUGGGUCACAAGAAACUUGCACGCAAACAGCCUACAAAAGGUUUCUUCUGAAGCACUUUGUGUACGAUGGGAGAAACGCAAGCAGACGGAACCAAAAUGGCAAACGUGGCAGAGCCCCAGGCAGUACCUGCUGUCGGUAAGAGCCACAAGAAAUCCGAGGGACACUCAAUCUUCAGCUGGCUCAUAGUGUUGGCUCUGUUGGGCGCCUGGAUAUCUGUGGCUGUUGUCUGGUUUGACCUCGUUGAAUACAACAAUGUUGUGGGCACACUUGGAAAAAUUUAUGAUGCUGAUGGUGAUGGUGACUUAGAUGUGGAAGAUGCCAAAGUUCUGCUGGCAGAGAAAUCACCUGUGACCACAAAAAAUGAGAGCACAAGCAGAGACAAUACAUCUGUGACCACUAAAAUAAAGAAAGAAGGCAAAGCUGAGAAGCCAAAAGAAGAGAUACUUAAGAAAAUUAAAGAGCCUUCUACAAGACAAAUUGGGCACAAACUGAAGGCAGCUCUGAAGGAGCAGCUUCAGUUGAUCCAUGAGAAGAUUGAGGCAAAAAAGAUUGCUAAGCUAGCACUGGCUGAGGUCCGAAGCAUACUGGCCCAAGAGGAAGAAGAGAGAAAAGCCAUCCUUGCUGUCAAAAAAGCUAAAGAGGAAGCGAGAAAAGAGCGUGAAGAGAAAUUGGCCAAAGAGAAGGCAGAGAGGGAGAGAGCUGAGCAAGAAAGGCUUGCUAAAGAGAAGGCUGAAAAGGAAAAGCUAAUUAAAGAGAAAGCAGAAAAGGAAAGGUUGGCUAAAGAGCAAGCUGAAAAGGAAAAGCUAAGAAAAGAACAAGCAGAAAAAGACAGGCUAGCAAGUGAGCGAGCAGAGAAGGAAAGGCAAGCUAAAGCAAGAGCUGAAAAAGAAAGGCUAGCAAAAGAACAAGCUGAAAAAGAGAGGGCAGAAAAAGAAAGGCUAGCGAGAGAGCAAGCUGAAAAGGAAAAGCUAUUAAAAGAAAAAGCUGAAAAAGAGGGGGCAGAAAAGGAAAGGCUAGCGGGAGAGCAAGCUGAAAAGGAAAAGCUAUUAAAAGAAAAAGCCGAAAAGGAAAGGCCAGCGCGAGAGAAAGCAGAAAAAGAGAGGGCGGAAAAGGAAAGGCUAGCGAGAGAGAAAGCAGAAAAAGAGAGGGCGGAAAAGGAAAGGCUUGCGAGAGAGAAGGCAGAAAAAGAAAGACUAGCGAGAGAGAAAGCAGAAAAAGAGAGGGCGGAAAAGGAAAGGCUAGAGAGAGAGAAAGCAGAAAAAGAGAGAGUGGAAAAGGAAAGGCUAGCAAAACAACAAGUAGAAAGGGAGAAAGUAGAAAAGGAAAGGCUUGCGAGAGAGAAGACAGAAAAAGAAAGACUAGCGAGAGAGAAAGCAGAAAAAGAGAGGGUGGAAAAGGAAAGGCUAGAGAGAGAGAAAGCAGAAAAAGAGAGAGUGGAAAAGGAAAGGCUUGCGAGAGAGAAAGCAGAAAAAGAGAGGGCGGAAAAGGAAAGGCUUGCGAGAGAGAAAGCAGAAAAAGAGAGGGCGGAAAAGGAAAGGCUUGUGAGAGAGAAAGCAGAAAAAGAGAGGGUGGAAAAGGAAAGGCUUGCGAGAGAGAAAGCAGAAAAAGAGAGGGUGGAAAAGGAAAGGCUUGCGAGAGAGAAAGCAGAAAAAGAGAGAGUGGAAAAGGAAAGGCUAGCAAAAGAACAAGCAGAAAGGGAGAAAGUAGAAAAGGAGAGAGCACAAAAAGAGAGAGCAGAGAAGGAAAGCUUGGCUAAAGAAAAAGCAGAAAAAGAAAAAGCUGAACAAAUAAGACUGGAGAAAGAAAGUGGAGCUCAAGCAAAGACAGUAAAACAAAAGGCUGGGACAGAAAUAUUGGAAAAAGUAGGAAAAGAAAGAGUAGCAGAGCAACACCUUGAGAAAGGUGUUCCUGGCAAGGGCAAAGAAAGGGCAAAAAGAGAAGGGGAGAAGAAAUCCAAACAAUCAGAAUCAAAGAAGGAAGUGUCUGGAGAAAACAAAGAUCACAAGAAGGAGGAAAAAGUAUCUACCAAAGGUCUCCUGAAAUCUUCAAUCUGGAAAAGCGCAAAAAUGACCAAUUAAACGAAUGUAUAACCAUGUAAGGUUUGAUAUAACCCGAUUAAACAAAUGGGACGAGAAACAUCUAAUACGAUGAUGUCAACCAAGUCUACAAUGAUCUAAUUGUUAAUUUAUUUUCGAUUGAAAACACAGCAUAUUUAGACCUAUUGCAGUGUAGAGCACUUUUGUUUGUCCAGGUCUUGGAGGCUGACGGACUCGUACUCUGCUGUGGUUGGUCCAAAGUACAGGAACAUUUGACUAUUGGAGUUUAGAUUUUGGUGCAUAUUUGCGAUGAUACCUGAAUAAAAGGUGUGUGUAGUAUAACAUGGAUAUGUGUUACAUAAAAAGUACAAUUUAACCUUCUUGAUUUGAGUGUUUGUGUAUUGAUAUUAGCUUUUAAAUUUUUCUUGAUUUAUGCCUGUUUUUAAAUUUUACAGUUAGUGAUUCUUUGCUACUGUUAAUAGGAAAAAAAACCAACCCUUUUUUGUCUAUUUAAAUCUGGCAGAAGUGAUGCAGUUUAUGUGAUGGAUUUUAAUACUAUAUUUGGUUCUCAUACUGAUGCUGUCUGGUGUUUACCCGUAUUUUUAACAGCUGACGUUUUCUAUUGUGUAUUUUAUAUAAUCUUUAUGUCCAGUGAGGAGGCUAGAAUUAGCAUUCUGGAUCUAUACAUGGUUAACUGAAAUUCACACAACUGCGUUUCAAAAUCAACUCGAAAAAGUCCUCAAAAUAUUAAAUAGCCUCUGUGAAAUCAUCUAGGGUAAAAAUACAAAGACAUUUGGUUCAAACCACUUGGUCUACAUUCGCAUUACAAGCCUCAUUGUUCAAUUCCGAUUUGUGAGACGACCCGUAUUAAAACCGACUCAAUGGAUGGGCUGAUGGCUAACACAUGCAUUGCAUUUUGUAGGACUGCAAACAGUUUGUCAGCUGUAUAUGAUCAGGUCGAGAAGGGGGGGGAUCCAGACAGCUAGCUUUUGCUGUUUUUGUAACCGUUGUAGCUCUCCUCCAUUGUUGUUUUGCUAUGCUAUUGGUGUUGGAUGGACAGCAUAUAGGUAAAAAGCCACAUGGACUCCAAUUUGACUGUUCUCGUUUGUUGUAUAGCCAUGAAUCAGAUACGCAUCUGAUUUAGGACCACAUAUAAAAGACUACAUUCAGACUGCACCCUGAAACAACCCAUAUCCGAUUUUUUUUGCCCAUAUGCGACCUGUAUCCGAUUUGUUAUUGACAAUCUGAACGACACAGAUCCGAUUUUUUCACAUGCGACCCAGGCCGCUUGGAUAUGUGGUCCUAAUUCCGAUGCAUAUCCGUUAUUUUCACAUGCGACUGCAGUCUGACCGGACAGGUCGCAUUCAUGCGACCUACACGUCAUCAACAAGAGACAAACGUCACUAUUCUGCGUUGGCUAAUCCCGCCUCUUUGGUGGAAAACAACAUUUGUACAGUUUUCAGAAUUUAAAUAGACUUUUAUAGAAUUGAUCAAGCUAAUGGUGGAUUUGGUAUGGACCUGGAUGUUGAUCUGUUAGCCUGAUUAAAUAAAACAGUUUCUAUAACUGAUUUAUAACUUAAACCAUCCUGUAUUACAAGAUUAUAAGAUUGUUCUGGAAAUUUCCAGUAAUUUGACACCUUCGGUCUCGUUAGUCUGCUGCCCACAUUAAUCAGAUUAUUGUGCGAGUUCCGCCGCCGCCACAAAAACCACAUCGCCAGGUCUCGCCUCAUCUCCAUAGCAAACUGCACUGGUGUUUAUGCACCUUGAGCCAGCACUGAGAGAAGUUGCAGAAUUCAGCUGGCUAUAAACAAUCUAAAUAAAUAUUUAUAAAAAUGUAGAAAAAGUUUAUUAAUAUGACGAAAUAAAUAUGUGCAAAUUAUUAAGCCUGAAUUAAGAGUUUGGUAAUACAGCGGCCGUAUCCCAAAUGACUGCCUACUGAAGCUCGAAUGCACUAUAUAGAGUUUAAAAAUCCAUUACUUCCUAGUAACAUGUAGUGCACUUAUAUAGAAAUUAGAGAGACAUUUAGGAGUCAACCCUCGUUACCAGGCUACACGUUUUCAUUUCAGUUCAGAAACAAAAACACACACGAGACCUCACACUUUAACACUAACCAGAUAAUCAAACAAACAAACAAAAAAAAUCAUUAAACAUGAGUGCGCUUUUUUUUUUUUUUUUGUUUACGUAUUACGUAGGUGUGCUUAUUACGUGUCAAUUUGCGCAUGCGGGACACUUUUGGGUCGUUUUCCGUUCAUAUUGGAGAUCGCAUACAAGUCUCAUAUAAUUGGUAAUGUGAACGGCCUAACAAAAAAAUCGGAUUUCACAACAAAUCGGAUAUGGGUCGUUUCAGGUUGCAGUCUGAACGUAGUGGAAGUGACUCAAAACUGAUUUGAAAAGAUCAGAUUUCUGUGUCCAGACAGCCCUGAAAAUAUUUGAUCUGUCACAUUAAAGGAAAAAAAAUCAGAUUUGAGUAUGCUGUGAACACAGACGAGUCGAAUGUCAAUGUAGCUUUACAUCUUUUAUUUUGUAAUGAAAAAUAUUAAACUGCCAAUUAAAGAAGUGUUUAGGUGAACGAUUGUACUGUUUACAUGAAUUUUUAUUACAAG